AUGGAGCACGUCGCCUUUUGCGCCAACGAUGCCAGUUUUGGCCCCGUCUCGACGUGCAGAUCCUUCGAUUUUACCCUUCAUUUUGAAAGCAGCAUCCUCUCGCUAUUGCCCAAUGCAAUCUUUGUGCUCAUCGCUCUUGGCCUCAUCCUCUGGACUCUGCUCUCUCGAAAACGUUACAUUCAGUUAUCUACUGACUGCCGAUCGACAUGCUUUCAGAACCGCGAUGGAGGCGCCAUCCUUUUGGCACUGGCUCACAUGACUUUGAUGGUGACGCUUGCAGUCUUGGCCUCGCGACUCCUCCCAGGUGUGGCCAGCUCGAGUCUGAACACGCUGGUGCUAUCUUCGUUUUGUCUCGAAACCAUCUCGGCCCUCGUCAUUCUAUGCGUCCUGUUCUCUGCUCUUCGUUCUCUCUUCAGCGCUGUCAAGCUUCGAACUUUCUUCUUUGUGCCAGCGGCGCGCCAGACACCCUUCCUGGCAGUACUUUCCGCCGACUUGGGCGUCAUGGUUCUCCUCUUUGCCUCGACUUGUACCAAGCCUUUUGACCCGCGGCAGACAGCCGAGGAGCGCGCAAGCUUCAUAUCAAAGAUCUUCUUCCUAUACCUCCUGGUCCCGCUAUGGAAAGGUACGAGAAAGCCAAUUGAGCUCGAUGAUAUCGAACCGCUUGCUGCAACAUAUACUUCACAUACUCUAGAAGCUGUUCUGUUUCAGCAUUGGCACGCAAGCGCCGCCCAUCUUAGCACGUCAGAUGAGCAAGUCUCGUACGGUGCCGAUCUCAAGUCUUGUGAUUUGGAGCAAGUCUCCAUGUCUGGUCUUAACACCGUAUCGCCAUCAUCGGCGAGGCCAAUAUCAUUUCUUCCAAGGGAUCCCACAAGAUUCCCGAAGCUUUACAAAGCCGCCGCGCGGGCAUUUGGCACUGUCCUUAUAUCUCCUUUGCCUUCCAAAGCUGUAUACACGGUCUUGAUUCUCCUCCAACCUCUGCUAGUUCAAGAGACUAUCGACUUUAUUGCCUCUUACUCGGGCGAUGCCAAAGAACCCGAGCCAGCCGCCUAUGGCUACGGUAUCGCAGGCGCUUUCUUUCUCGUCUAUCUCCUCUUUGCACUUUCUUCGGGUCACUUUACCUUUUCCAUCAACAAGUCAGCUUGCAAGCUGCGGGGCGCGCUCGUAUACACGGUGUAUCGAAAAACGCUGCUACUUUCUGUAGAUUCGCUCCAAGAUCCAGACACUCCCUCACCCACGGUCAUGCAGUCGGUCGACAUUGAGCGCAUCGUUGGUGGCCUCGAUCCAUUUCAUGAACUCUGGAGUGGGGUUGUCGUCAUCGUUGUCGCCCUGUAUCUUUUGUGGCAGCAAAUCGGCCUCGCUUUUGUCUCCACGAUCGUGACAUUGGCCUGCCUCUUCGGCUCCAUACCUCUCGUGACAAAAGAUACCUCUGCUCGUCAAAAGAUUUGGAGUCGGCUAACCGACGAGCGUACAAGUCUCACCUCAGCCGCGAUCAACUCGAUCAAGGCGGUCAAACAAUCCGCAUUGGAAGGCUUUCUGAUCAGCAAGAUCACCUCGAUUCGUCAGCGUGAGAUCAAAGCGAUGAUCCGCUAUGUGCACGAUGUCUUAUAUAUGAGCCUCCUUGGGAACGCUGCUGGAGACAUUCUGCUGCUCGCUACCAUUACGACCUUUGCACUUGUCUCUGCUCUUCACCAUCACCACACCGGUACUUUUCCUUUCACGACAUCAACUGUUUUCACGAGUAUCACCAUCAUCCGCAUCAUCGAGCGGCCUCUCUUCAUCAUCGGCCGUCGGUACACGAGCGUCAUAUCGGCUGUAACUGCGCUUAAUCGACUCGAGACUUUCCUGCUGCUCCCCGAAGUCACGCGUGAAAAUGACUCAACUCAGCGUCAGCCGAUGGAAAAGGAGCAUCUUACUGCUUCAGCAGCUGCGAUCUUUGCCGGCGCGUCCUUCACCUGGAAGCAGGACUCUGGACUGCGGGGAUCCAGCGUCGAUGCCACGAGCACGAUACAAAAGAGCCCACUUAGAAAGGCAUGCGCACCGGUGCUACGGGAAUUGAAUCUUGUCAUCCCUCGUGGCCAGGUGACAACGGUGGUAGGCGAAAUUGCCACCUCUAAAACGUCGCUGCUAUGCUCAUUACUCGGAGAGUUGUCCUUACUGAAAGGCGAGGCAGUUCUGCCGCUUCGUGCAGCUCCCAUCGCAUACGUCGGACAGAAUCCAUGGACACAAGGCGAAAGAACGAUCAAAGAGAACAUUGUCUUUCACAGAUACUUUGACAAAGAACGCUACGAGCGUGCAGUGGAGGCUUGUGGACUGUCCCUCGAUAUACAGCAGCUGCCUAAGGGCGAUGGAACCCUCGUCAAACACCUCAGUGGUGGUCAGAAGCAGAGGGUCGCUCUGUGCCGUGCGGUGUACGUAGAAGCUCCGACAUAUAUCCUCGACGAUGUCUUGAGUGCAGUCGACGCCUCGACAGCUGCGGGAAUCAACCAGGCACUCUUCUCACGUCAAUCUGGUCUGCUGCGGGGAAGAACUGUAAUUAUGGCUACCAACUCGGUGCAGCAAAUGCAGCUUGCCGACCACAUUGUGCAGAUGAGUGCUGGCGGCAAAGCCGAAAUGGUCCAAGGCGGAGCGGGCGCCAUCUCAAGGCUAGCCGACAGCAUUGAUACGAUCCGACGCCGUUCGGCCGAGGAGCGAGAGAGCAACGGUGCGGACGGCGAGUCGUCUACAGCCGCCAAGAUACGUGCUGCAGCCGCCAAGGAGCGCAAGCUUCUGGAAGUUGAGGAAGAGCAAGAAGAUGUCAUGAAGGGUGGCAUCAACCUUUCCGUGUUCAACCGUUACUUCAAAGCGGCUGGACUGUGGACGUCGCUCGCAUAUCCGGUCGCUCUCAUCGUUCAGACCGGAUUGUCCAACGGACAACUUCUGUGGCUGCAGAACUGGGCCAAGCAUGUCUCUGAAGACACUUUACAUGCAUCGUUGGGUCUUCACAUUGGUGUGAUGGUCCUCUUUGUUGUGACAAGGGUGGUCACAUAUGGUGGUUCACUUUUGUGUUACCUGUACAUAUUGUGUCCCAGGAUUUCGCUCAAGUUGCACCACGACGAAGUGACGGGCUUGUUGCGCUCUGGAGCCGACUUCUUCCUCAACCUCAACCCAGGCCGAAUGAUCAACCGGUUCACAGGCGACAUCUAUUCGCUUGACUUCCAGAUCAGCGCGUUUGUCGUCAACGUCGUUUACUUUGUUAUCGAGCUCGGCUUCUCUUUGGUGUUGAUGGCGUUACCGGCUCCGUUUUUGCUCGGCGUGAUCGUCGCCAUGGCUGUCCUGUACUUUGGCAUCUAUAAGCUGUACAGCCCUUCCUCGCGGAUGCUGCGAAGACAAGAGAUGGCCACUAAGUCGCCGCUUCAUGCCCAGUUCAGGGACACGGCGGAUCUUGAGGGACUGCUCACGAUUCGUGCAUUGCACAUGGAAGACACCUUUUCGAAGGCUACCGCUUCGUUGCUGGACACUUCGCAGAGACCGUACUACUGGCUCUGGGCGGUCCGAGUUUGGCUGCAGACGUGGCUCAACCUGUUGGGCAUGAUGUUGAACACGGCUCUCGUGCUGAUUGCGGUGGGUCUGAGGUAUAAGUCGAAUGCCGGAUUAGUUGCUGUUGCCUUGAUUCAGGCCAUCUCACUAACCUCGGAUCUAAACGGACUCAUGUCUGCGUGGACGGAGCUGGAGAUCGGCAUUGUCUCUCUCGAGAGGAUCGAGCAAGUGAUCAUGGCUACUCCGGAUAUCAAGGACGAUCGAACAAAUCUCAAAGAGAUGUCGAGCACUGUCGUGGCCAGUGGUGUCUCUCGGCCGGCCGCCAGUGUCCGCUUUGAGGAUGUGACUGUUGGAUACCAUGGUAAUGAAGGACCCAUGUCAUUGCAUAGCGUCAGCUUCUCACUUCGACCAGGCGAGCGUCUGGGAGUGUGUGGUCGCUCAGGAUCGGGUAAGUCUACGUUGCUGUUAUCACUGCUUCGUAUCCUGGAACCGGCUUCUGGUCGCGUCAUGAUCGACGGGGUGGACACGGCGACGCUGACUGGGGACUCGGUCCGACGAAACAUCUCGUAUAUACCACAGGAGCCAAUGGUGCUUCCCUCGCUGUCGGUACGCGAAAAUCUGGACCCAGAAUGCGAGCACUCGGACGAUGGGGCUUAUUGGAAGGUACUUUGGCAGACUUCGAUGUUCGACACUGUCUCGCAGCUUAGCGAAGGGCUUGACCACAUCCUUGACUUGCAGAGUCUAAGCAUGGGCCAGAAGCAGCUAUUGAACGUCGCUCGUGCGCUCCUUAAGCGACGGGGAGUGCUUGUCAUGGAUGAGGCUACAUCGAACCUUGAUUCGGAGACCGAUGCCAAGGUUCAAGCAGCUCUUGGCUCUGCCUCGAACGAAUCUGACGCAUCGGAACAGCUUUCACGCGCUCAGUCAAAGAAGCGCAUCGAGACAACGAAUGGCGACGACGAUGCCUUGGUCUCGGCACCUAACAGGCCAACGAUGAUCACAAUCGCUCACAGGCUCUCAACCAUCAUAGACUAUGACAAGAUCCUUGUACUUUCCGAGGGAAAGGUGCUUGAGUUCGGAAGCCCAUCGGAGCUGCUGGCACUGGAGAAUGGAGAGUUCAGAUUGAUGGUCGAGGAGCAAACCCGAGAGGUAGACUAG